CUACAUAUCAUCUCAUUUAAAUCAACAUUGGUAUUAAAACAUCUGGAAUAAUCGAACAUGGAUCCAAACUCCACCAUUGCUGUGCAAUUGGAAUGUGUUAGACAGAUUUAAAGUGUUAAGAUGAUUAUUCAUUUUAAAACCCUGGUUUCGAGCAACAUCAAACGCAAGAAACCAUGGAGUAAAGUUGCUUGGGUUGGAAACUUGAAGGAAAGUGUUUGUUUGUUUGAUAAAAGUCGGGUUUCGAUAUUGUAUCUUCCUUCGGGGAAAACCAAGAAAUCAAUUUCAUGUCUUCAGCCGUUUAAGAAAGAGAUCGUUUGUUUCAAUACUUCAUCAUCUGGAGAAUAUAUUGUUGCUGUAUUAACCAAUGGUGAGAUCAUACGUUGGGAGAAAGAUAGCAACCAUGUUUUGAGAAUCGAAUCAUCACCGGGUGUUAUUGUACAAACUGGCAAAGAUUCCUCAAAAAUCCACAUAUACAUCAACAGCAGCGGUGACAAGGUUUUGUUGGUUAUCGGGAACAAAGUAAAUGUAUGGGAUAGGGGCCGAUGGGUGGGGGUAGGGUUGGGGCAGUUUGGAAGUUCCCCUCUUACUAAAGAGGUUUCUAUUGACGCAAGGUUCUUCAAUAACAUGGACCAAGGUGAAUGCUGCUUAUGUACAUUCGUAUUCAACACUGGCAACAAAAUGUCAAUGUUUUGUUUAUUUCUACGUUGGUUGGAUCACGCAUGUAAUGAUGUUGGUUUCGUAUCUACUGUAUCCACACAUACGUUCCCACUGCAACAUAUUCACCCACAAUGUAAACCUAUAAGAUUACGAGGGUCAUACAUCACAUGCAUCUCCCAUGACGGACAAACGGUAGCGACAGCUGUCAAUCAACGUCAACCUCAUCAAUCAAAGUUGAUGUUCAUCCAUCCAUAUACAGCAGCUUCUGUGGUUGUGGAUCUUAAACAUCUAGGAUCGAAAAGCGACAACGUACUCAAGCAAUUCGCAAAAACAUACUGGAUUGCGCAAAUGUCAUGGACAUCCGACGACGUAUAUCUCGCUUGUAUAACUCGUCGUGGUUCGCUGCUUCUACUUUCAAAACUUGGCCAACCAAUCAUGAUCGCUUGUGAGGGGUCAAGGGUCGACUUCGGCCCCGCCCACUUUCUACCUCUUCACCCAUUGGUCGAACACGGGAGGAACAAACACGACAAUCCGCUGAGUCACAAUAAAGACGACGAGUCACUCGCUUCUACCGUUAUCUCCGAAAAAUCGACUCGGCAAAAAUUCUCGGUUUCCACCCACCCCAGGUUACCCAUAAUCCUUUGCAGCGACGGGUAUUCAGUGACGGCGCUACAGAUGUCUGAGUGGGUGAGGUCACGUGACCUAGCUACGAUAUCAUUGGUGGAAAUCAACAGGGACCUGAAGUCUAUCAGCAAGAAGUUUAACUUGGAGGUAACACGACACACCACGCCGAGGUUUGAACCCCCACCCCUCAUCACCGAGACUGCAAAGUUUAAGGAAAACAAGUUCACCCUUCUGUACGAGAGUUUUGUUAAGAGGGUUUCACGCAAGAACAAGCGCAACAAAUCUGAAGAGAAUUUGCUCGAACGAAGUUUUAGCAAAAACGAAGAAGUCGAAAUGCUUGCUUACAGAUUUGAAGAAGAUGAGAAUGAAGCAACACAAGAUGAGACCGACAACGAUGAUGACUCUAGAGCUCCACCCGGUGUCAUACUUGACGCAGAUUCAGGAAAGUUAAGUUUCGUUGAUUUGGACGAAACCGAGCAAACUUUGGAUGAAAAUUUACCAUUAGAUGGAGAAUCCUUGCACAAACUCAUCUCCCAAUGUUUGCUUAAGUUAUUAUCAACAUGGGGUAUUAUGACAUCAGAAUCGCAUCAUAAUACCAACCAUGCCAAUGAUGAAUUACAUCAGUUCUUCCUACAAACACUACGUUGUAUCUGUUCUACUGUGCUGCAGGCUCAACAAAUUGCUUCGUGUUUGGUUUGGAGGAUUGGAUCAGAUGAACAUGGGACUUCCCCUGUCCAGAGAACACUCAGUGAACUGUUAGACACGAUUCCAAAAAGGUUGUGUAUCAUUGCUUCAUGGGAUGCUCACUAUCGCCCUGUAGUGGUGAAAAGCAUCACCACAGCCAUAGAAACAAUAUUAACAUCGAGUCGAUCGUCACCUGAAGGUUGUUUGUCCAUCAAGGAUUUAUCAAGGAAUAUUUUCGUUGCUUUUUAUUCGUUGAAACAAUGUGAGAAGCAUCUUAACUUGGUGUACAGCUUCCAUCUCUCUCCAUUACGAUUGGUUAAUAAUCGUCACAUGACCGACUGCUUCUUCCAUUCAUUGGAUGUUGAAGAUUUUAAACCGACCAAUCACAGUGAAGUAUUAUCUUCACAAAGAUUGAUGUUGUGGCAAGCUUGGAGGAAAUUUUAUUCUUUUGUGUCAAAAAUCUGGGACCUAGAACAAUGCAAACAGAUUCUUCCGUCUCUCUCCCGUGUUUACUCAACCGUGCAGAAAAUCGUUUUACCGAGGUCAUGUGACCGUGACAUCAUCGAGAGGUCAACGACCUUGAGUAGCAUGAGGUUGAACCUGUGUGAAUAUAAACUCAACCAAGCGUUACGACUCGUAGCGAGAAUAUUGGACGACCAUCUUGUUACUGGGAGUAAAUGGAGCGAUACCAACUGGGCAUCGGUGGAAUUAAUAUGCAAAGUAAUGAUCGAUUAUUACAAAGACAAACCAAUUGUUUUCCAAACAAACGAGUAUGGAGGUCGUAUGAUUGUUCUGGAUAGAGGGGUUCUAACUUCUGCUGUCAGUUCACAAAGAUUAUCCGCACACUGGUCAGCUGAACACGCGGUGUCGAUUCUACUUUGUGCGGGGCGGUUAUAUGAAGCGAGCGAAUUGGCUGUUGCUGUGGGGGCGUGGCGGGUGGGCGUGGCACUCUCCGCUGUAGCAACAAAAGUCCGGGCGUUUACGGACGAUUAUCGACAGUUUGACGGCUCCGGUUGCGCUGAUGCUGUCAUAGAUAUCUUAAAAGAUAAAUUCAUAAUGUUUUUGCCGGAAUCAAUUAAAAGCGAAGUUGUAAAAAAUACUGAGGAACUUUUUGACUUUGACCCAGAGUUACUUUACCCAGAGGUCGUUGACCUUUUCACGGUAGGGGUCAUGACCGGUAGUGACCUUUCGUCGUGGGUCAUUGACCUCCUGAUGAAUAAGUUGAAGACAAAACUUGGAAAGUUGGAUUUGUUGCUUAAUGAUGAUGUUCAUAUCCCAACCCCUCCCAUGCAUCUACCACAACUAAAUAUGGGUGAGGAUGAAGAUGAAAAUCUUGUUUUGAUUCGUCACCAAUUAUCCUCGUUGAUUCGCCUUUUGUUCGUUACCUUCCACUCGAUGGGGAUAACACACCUCGCUGCUUCGUGGUAUGUCAAACUUCUCAGGUCAGGGGAAUCACCCAUGUCCUCGCUAUCUGAAGAUAAAUCAGAAAAUCUUUUUUCCUCGGAAGAAGGGAGGAUGGUGGUAGCCUCGUUGCGGGAGAUUUGUGGCAUGCUGUGGUCGCUACAUGUUCGUGAGAAGCUCACAGAGGCCACUAGGGCGUACCAGAGAGCGCGGGAAAAUGAAGAAGUGUUAGAAGCGGUGGUGCAUGACUGUUACGCUUGGUUGAGUAGGGCUAAAGUGUUCGCAAAGUUUUAUAAUUGGGACGAGGAAAUACAAGAUCUGGUCCUCUGCCUUGCAUCUGAGCUCCCUGUGGAUGAGGACCUCAUUCAUAUCAUCGCUGAGCAUUUCCAUGAUCCUAACAUCAUAUCUGCCAAAGUUGAUCCCAAGAUGAAAAUUUUAAUGCAAAGGAUGCGACAGACUUUUUAUAAUGUAGAUGGUACCUUACAACCUAUGACUGUGUUGUACCAACGCCUAUGUAGUGAGCUAGAUACACAGAAGCAUCAUAACACACAAGUCCAACAUAUGUUUAUGGAUAAGCAUGAAUCAUCCCACCCUGAUGGAGAAUGGUAUGUGCCAAAGUUCACAGAGUCUUACAAGGCUUCUUUAUGUGCAGUGUUUCCAUUCGAAAAAGACCAGUGUUUCCAUGAAUUUAUUUCACAGCUAUUCGAUGUAGUUCUAAACAAAGCAAGUACUAUACAACGUUCCGGUAAAAUGAAAAAGUCGGAAAAGAACGAUCGAAACAUUCUGUUGCUUUGUAAUCGUCACCAAGUUGCAACCAAUGAGCUCGACGCCGCAUUUAAAGUCCGUUCUCGUCAGAAACAGUUCACAAAGAUCGAAAACUUAAGCCACAACACACCAGAUGCAACAUCAACCCCGAAGAUACGAAAAUCGACAAGUUUCAAUGAGAAACCCACCACUAAAAGGCGCAAUAUUACCUUUCAACUUCCCAACCACAACAACCUACACCGAUACUUCAGCGAACCAGAUCUUAACGGUUCAAUUCUUGAUGAAACUUUCGACAAAUCUCUUCAAAUUCCAACUUUCGAUAAAUCAAAGAUCCCACAAUGGAUGAAGAAACGUCUUCUCAGGUUAUCCCCUUACCUUGGUUGGCUUGAACUCUGGAUAAACAGCCAAGUUCCUACCUCCCAUACCCACCAACCCUCUAUAAGGAUCAACCUCACCAAACACCAGAUGCUACAAGGACUUACUGUGGCUGAGCUGAGGUUCGGGGAUUUCCCUAAACCGAUAUCGACGAAGAAGCAAAUAUUUCUUCCACCGUUGAAAAUCGAAAGUUGCGUAACCGUGUUAACGGAUGAUGAUGUCACAACUGUGAGCUCCAUAGCAAGCGUGGAUGUCAAUCAAAAUGAAGAUCAAACUGUCAAUCAAGUUGAACCUGUCAAUGAAACCGAACCUGUCAAUCAAACUGAAUCUGUCAAUCAAAGUGAUGCAGCAAUAUCACAAACAGUAGUUGAUCAGCUGAUCUCAACCGACCAAUCAGAACCUCAGGUUGGCCAACCAAUACAAAGUCAAGGGCCAAUGGAAACAGAAACCUCUGAAGAAGUUACUGUAAUUGAAGUGAAAGAUAAAGAAGAGAAUAAGAAGGAGGAGCAGGAGGAAGAGGAGGAGAAAGGGGGAAAGAAAGAUACAACAUUAGUCCUUGAUGAUUUAAAAGAUGAUGAAAACAUUGAAGGAUCAUCAGUUGAAGAUUUCUCCAGUGAGUUAGCUGAUGGUGGGGGAACUUACAGAGUCAACAAUAAGAACAAGAAGCCAAACAAAGAUGAAAACGUGGCCGACGUUGUUCGUUCGGAGAUCAAUAACGUUCUCCUCGCCCAGCAGGUGUCGCUGUUAAGCCAGAUCCUUCUCGGACAAACUUUAACCGGUGGUUCCCAACGUGGGGGAAACCCCUUAGUAGGGAACAUCCUCCAAUCGUUGCUCCCUACAGCUCCACCUAGUGUUGCGAACGAACCAAAGGUCGAAAAACAGGAAGUCCAUGAGGAAUCACAUAAAAAAGUUCAUGAUCAUGUUUAUCACAUGAAACCUUCACAACCCAAGAAAGACUUUGGCAUCCCUCUCUUCCAUGUGCCUGGGAUCACUAAAUCCCAUGACCCGAAGUCAGCUAAGUUAAUUUCCACCCCAAACUCAGCCACUAGUUGGCGUGCUUCACUCGCAGCAAAAAAAACUUACGAUGCCGAGAAUUCCCCCCAAAAACCACCUAAACUGAUAAACCUCAAAGACAGAAAGAAACCCCUUGUCAUCCAAGACACGAACUUACAACACCCAAUUCGCCAUACCUUACCCACCAACCUCCCGUAUGAAACCCCUAUUGACCCCCCUAACCCUACACAACCUGUAUUAAUGAAGCCACCCACUCCACAGCACAUACCAUCAUCAUAUACAACUCAACAACCCGGCCCGGCUGCAAAACAAACUUACAAAACUCAAUACCCGAUUUUACAAAUAAACCCCCAACACCCUAAAGCCCCAUCUUUUAACUCAGCCCCACAACCAGCCCCAAUCCCAAGACAAGAGUCCCAUCAUGCCCCACUUCACCCAUACACCCAACCCCCUGUUCUUAACCCACCCAGAGAAGCAUGGGUUGAAGGGAAAGCCCCCAAACCGAUCUUCAUCAACUGUCAAUCACAACAGUAUCCACGACAACAGACGCAUAGAGAUCUUAUACCAAGGUUAAUAAAUCCACAAGAGGUGCUAGAGUACGAAAGUCGCAAACAUGGAUUCACCAAUAUUAAGAAAUCUUCGGGACCCACCCAGCCCCGCGUACCCCUUAUGAAAGUAUCGGCCCCACCCUUUGAACAUACAGGGGGUCAUCAUAAACCCCAGGAACCUCCCCAAGUUACCCCUCCCAUGAUCAACAAGGAGAACGUUAACCCCGCCCAAGUCGCCCCACAAACUAAACCAACACAACCAGCCCCUCCCCUCCACAAAGCUACCCAACCCCAUGAAGAGUUCCAUGGCUUCAUUGAUCAAGAUGAAGUGAGGAGAGAAGUUGAGAUGAAGAUGUUGGGAUCGGAUGAAAAGAUGACGGGAGCUGAUGCUCAUUAUGUGGCUACAGUGGGCAAGCAUGAGAAACCUCAUAAACCUCGUAUGAAAGAUGCGGACACCCAGAUAGAGGUUGAGGAACAACCACACCAACGAUGAUGAUGAUGAUGAUGAUCUUGUGGAUUACGGAGAUCAAAUGACGACCAAACCACUUCAACCUCCACCUGAUAUCUUCCUUAAACUAAGACUUGAAUCUGAGAAGCCACAAGAAGCAGUAGAGAGAACAGGUUUUCUUCAUAUUGGUGAAGUGAGUGCGGAAAGUGUGAAGAAAGGAAUUGAAAGACCG